AUGACAGAUGGUGAUGUGAUGCUGUCGUCUCAUACGAACUGGGUACCUAACUUAUCUUUAGAAGUAAAAUUAUGCACGGGCCAGCGAGAAUCAGUCGUGCUUCUACGCACCAACAUCACGAGGCUCACGGCGCGGGUCAUUAGAGCUGCUGGCUUCGAUCUCGAACAGGUCGAGCAUUUAACAGUGCAGGACGCGCCUAAUUUGAUACACGUUGCUGUCGAAGAUCUGACAAAAAUGCCUAAUCUCAAAUCAUUUUUCAUAACACAGGCUCCGCUUUUACACAAGAUACCACCGCUACCACCGUUGCCGGAACUGCGCACAUUCAUAGUAACGACGUCAGGUUUGGUCGAGGUCCCCAAUUUGAGCCACGUUCAUGACAAGAACAUCAUGGAAUCGUCUAUUCCGUACUUGCAAGCAAUAGACCUCGAGGGCAAUCAUAUAAAGCGCAUCCCGACCCACUCCCUACGAGUCCGCGCUGACCAAGUUUCAUUGAGCUACAAUUUAAUAGAAGAAGUACCAGCGUAUGCGUUCAAAAACUCACAAAUAUCAAAAUUGAGUUUUAGGGGAAAUACUAAACUACGUAAAUUAGACGAUUCAGCGUUCGCUGGCAAUCUCCUGUUAAGACAGCUGGAUCUUAGCAACACUGCUAUCAACUCACUGCCAACGAAAGGUCUAGAGAAGCUUGAAAUUCUUAGAAUAGAAAAGACGCCAUCUUUGAAAUACAUACCUUCGAUAUACGAGUUCCAGCACUUGGAGAAGGCAUUUCUGACUCAUCACUUCCACUGCUGCGCGUUCGCCUUCCCCGAGCGACACGACCCCGCCAGGCAUGCGCUGUACGAGACGCAGCUAGCGAUCAUGGCGCAGAAAUGCGGUAAAAGCAGUCAAAUGAAAUCUCCCGAGAAGAGGGAACGUAGAUCAACAAAUCCUGAAAUAAAAACAACAACAGAAAGAAAUUCCGUCGACUAUAAUUCAUUGGAAAUUCAAGAAGAAAAUGUUCAAUGGACCAGCGAAGAAUACGCGGACUCAGGCAGCUUCGAGGACUAUGAAGGAGAGUUCCACGAUCCGGUCAACCACAGUGUCAGUGUUACUUAUUUCUCGGAAUGUGGCAAUUUUAGCUUGAGUCGACGACAAGUGGAGUGCAACCCACUACCAAAUGCCCUAAAUCCUUGUGAAGACGUGAUGGGCUGGUCGUGGCUUCGAGCCAGCGUUUGGUUCGUGAUCACCGCCGCUGUUGUAGGAAACAUUGCCGUUCUCUUAGUCCUCCUUACUAAUCAUGCCGAACUUACUGUUCCAAGGUUCCUCAUGUGCCAUCUUGCUUUCUCGGACCUUUGCACGGGACUGUACCUCUUCAUGAUAGCUGUUGUAGAUCUUAGAUCUUACGGAGAGUUCUUUAAUUACGCGUAUGAUUGGCAAUACGGCGUCGGGUGUAAAAUUGCCGGAUUCCUGUCCGUAUUUUCAGGACAAUUGUCCGUAUUCACACUCACUAUUGUAACGUUGGAACGUUGGUUCGCAAUCACAUACGCAAUAUACUUGGAGCGAAGAAUUUCUAUGCAAACUGCAGCGAAAAUAAUGAUAGGAGGAUGGCUGUUCUCCUUUGUUAUGGCCGGUUUGCCUCUGCUUGGGAUUUCAGACUACUCUUCAACGUCUAUUUGCUUGCCGGUUGAGAGUGAAGGAAUUGAGGACGCCGUUUAUCAAGGAGGCUUGUUUUUGACAAAUGCAGUUGCAUGGGUCACGGUAGUGGUGUGCUACGUGCAGAUUUACAGAUCACUGGGAGGGGGAGGGGAGAAGUAUGGAGGGAGGGGAGCAGCAGCGGCGGCUGAAAGGCGUAUAGCUAAUAAAAUGGCUCUUCUUGUUGGCACGGAUUUGCUUUGUUGGGCACCCGUUGCAUUUUUCGGUGUAACUGCCCUAGCUGGCGUCCCAUUAGUCGACGUCAGUCACGGGAAAGUUCUUCUCGUAUUCUUCUACCCAUUGAACGCGUGUGCGAAUCCAUUUUUAUACGCAAUCCUUACGAAACAGUACCGUAGGGAUUUUAUGAAUUUGAUCUCCAGGACAGGAAUGUGUACCUGGUUGGUGGAGAAAUACAAGUUAAAUACGACCCCCCCUCCCACGGCUCAUACGAAUCCUUCGGCACCGGCAGCGCAUGUACCUUUAGUGGAUUACCAUAGAUCCGUGUCACAGAUCACGAAGAAUGGUGAAGUGGACAUUUUAUAAUUAGAUAAUAAGAAUAGCCAUCAAUUGUAUUAUUUUAAUUAUAAAAAUAUUUAUUA